AAGCCUCCGUCUUCAUAGAAAAGGAGAGGAGGCAAACGUAGCCCAAACUGGGGGGUUUCUCUUCAAAGCCAGCUGGUCUGGCUUUAUUCUACAGGAAUUUUUUUACCUGUCAGAGUUUGGACACCCAAGCCCUCAGCAGGUGCUGACGGGUACAACUUCCUGGAGAAGCAGAAAGGCACUGGUGCCAAAGAAGAGGUGCAAACUGUGAAGUAACUUCUAUGAAGAGAUGAAAUAAAGAAUGGAAGCCAAGUGAUGGUGAUGGUUAAAAAAAAGUGCACGUGCAGGAACGAAUGCAGGAACUUGGGAACUGAGCGGUGCAAGUGCUAAAGAAGGCCAUUUGUUGGAAGGAAACAGGAAAGAGAAAGAAAAGGAAGGAAAAAAUACAUAAUUUCAGGGACGAGAGAGAGAAGAAAAACGGGGACUAUGGGGAGAAAAAAGAUUCAGAUUACGAGGAUUAUGGAUGAACGUAACAGACAGGUGACAUUUACCAAGAGGAAAUUUGGGUUGAUGAAGAAGGCUUACGAGCUGAGCGUGCUGUGCGACUGUGAGAUCGCCCUGAUCAUCUUCAACAGCACCAACAAGCUGUUCCAGUACGCCAGCACCGACAUGGACAAGGUGCUGCUCAAGUACACGGAGUACAACGAGCCGCACGAGAGCCGGACGAACUCGGACAUCGUGGAGACGUUGAGAAAGAAGGGCCUUAAUGGCUGUGACAGCCCAGAUCCCGAUGCGGACGAUUCUGUAGGGCACAGCCCUGAAUCUGAGGACAAGUACAGGAAAAUUAACGAAGACAUUGAUCUAAUGAUCAGCAGGCAGAGAUUGUGUGCCUUGAACAAGAAAGAAAGCAAAGGCUGUGAAAGCCCCGACCCUGACUCCUCUUAUGCACUCACCCCACGCACUGAAGAAAAAUACAAAAAAAUUAAUGAAGAAUUUGAUAAUAUGAUCAAGAGUCAUAAAAUUCCCGCUGUUCCACCCCCCAACUUUGAGAUGCCAGUCUCCAUCCCAGUGUCUAGCCACAACAGCUUGGUGUAUAGCAACCCGGUCAGCUCACUGGGAAACCCCAACCUCUUGCCACUGGCCCACCCUUCUCUGCAGAGGAAUAGUAUGUCUCCUGGUGUAACACAUCGGCCUCCAAGUGCAGGUAACACAGGUGGUCUGAUGGGUGGAGACCUCACAUCCGGUGCAGGCACCAGUGCAGGGAACGGAUAUGGCAACCCCCGAAACUCACCAGGUCUGCUGGUCUCACCUGGAAACUUGAACAAGAAUAUGCAAGCGAAAUCUCCUCCCCCCAUGAAUCUAGGAAUGAAUAAUCGUAAACCAGAUCUCCGAGUGCUUAUCCCUCCAGGCAGCAAGAGCGCGAUGCCGUCAGUGAAUCAAAGGAUAAAUAACUCCCAGUCUGCUCAGUCAUUGGCUACCCCGGUGGUUUCCGUGGCAACCCCUACUUUACCAGGACAAGGAAUGGGAGGAUAUCCAUCAGCCAUUUCCACAACAUAUGGUACCGAGUAUUCUCUGAGCAGCGCAGACCUGUCAUCUCUGUCUGGGUUUAACGCCGCCAGCGCUCUUCACCUAGGCUCAGUAACUGGCUGGCAACAGCAGCACCUACAUAACAUGCCACCGUCCGCCCUCAGUCAGUUGGGAGCUUGCACUAGCACUCAUUUAUCUCAGAGUUCAAAUCUCUCCCUGCCUUCUACUCAAAGCCUCAACAUCAAGUCAGAACCUGUUUCUCCUCCUAGAGACCGUACCACCACCCCUUCGAGAUACCCACCACACACGCGCCACGAGGCGGGGAGGUCUCCUGUUGACAGCUUGAGCAGCUGCAGCAGCUCGUACGACGGCAGCGACCGAGAGGAUCAUCGCAACGAAUUCCACUCCCCCAUUGGACUCACCAGACCUUCGCCGGACGAAAGAGAAAGCCCUUCGGUCAAACGCAUGCGACUCUCUGAAGGCUGGGCGACAUGAUCACAUAUUACUUACUAGUUUUUUUUUUUUUUCUUGCAGUGUGUGUGUGUGCUAUACCUUAAUGGGGAGGGGGGUCGAUAUGCAUUAUAUGUGCCGUGUGUGGAAAAAAAAAAAAAGUCAGGUACUCUGUUUUGUAAAAGUACUUUUAAAUUGCCUCAGUGAUACAGUAUAAAGAUAAACAGAAAUGCUGAGAUAAGCUUAGCACUUGAGUUGUACAACAAAACACUUGUACAAAAUAGAUUUUAAGGCUAACUUCUUUUCACUGUUGUGCUCCUUUGCAAAAUGUAUGUUACAAUAGAUAGUGUCAUGUUGCAGGUUCAACGUUAUUUACAUGUAAAUAGACAAAAGGAAACAUUUGCCAAAAGCGGCAGAUCUUUACUGAAAGAGAGAGCAGCUGUUAUGCAACAUAUAGAAAAAAAAAAUGUAUAGAUGUUUGGACAGACCCGGCAGUGGGUGGCCAUUCGAAAAAGUUAGGAAGACGCCCCGUCACCUGACAUCUGAGCACACUCACAAACCUGCAGGCAUGUCAUUGGCGUAUGGCACUCAUUGAAAAGGAUCAGAGACCAUUAAAAGAGGACCAUACCUAUUAUAAAAAAAAAAGCAAACAAAAUAUGUGGAGUUUGAGGGCUAACGUAUUUAAUUAAAUAAAUAAAUAAAUCUGGGUCUGCAUCUCUUAUUAAAUAAAAACUAUAAAAAUAUGUACAUUACAUUUUGCUUAUUUUCAUAUAAAAGGUAAGACAGAGUUUGCAAAGCAUUUGUGGCUUUUUGUAGUUUACUUAAGCCAAAAUGUGUUUUUUCCCCUCGAUAGCUUCGCUCAUAUUUUAAAAACAGUCCUGAAAAAACCAAAAAGGACUUUUUGUAUAGAAAGCACUACCCUAAGCCAUGAAGAUCUCCAUGCUUUGCUAACCAAGAUAACUGUUUUCUCUUUGUAGAAGUUUUGUUUUUGAAAUGUGUAUUUCUAAUUAUAUAAAAUAUUAAGAAUCUUUUAAAAAAAUCUGUGAAAUUAACAUGCUUGUGUAUAGCUUUCUAAUAUAUAUAAUAUUAUGGUCAUAGCAGAAGUUUUGUUACCUUAAUAGCGGGAGGGGGGUAUAUUUGUGCAAUUGCACAUUUGAGUAACUAUUUUCUUUCUGUUUUCUUUUCUCUGCAUACAUUUUAUAAGUUCAAGGUCAGCUGUCAAAAGGAUAACCUGUGGGGUUAGAACAUAUCACAUUGCAACACCCUAAAUUGUUUUUAAUACAUUAACAAUCUACCGGGUCAACUGACAUCCACUGUAUAUACAAAUUGGUUUUUUCAUGCGAUUUUUUUUUGUUUUGUUUUUUGCAUUUUUAUCAAAUGCAGGGCCCCUUUCUGAUCUCAACAUUUCACCAUGCCUCUUGGAAUUCAGUAAGUGCACAUCCUAACUUGCCCAUUUCCCAAAUCAUGUGGUUGGUUGUUAGCCUAGAAUUUGACAUGCUUUUUUAGAAAUAUGCCCAGAAUAGAGAAGCCAUGUUGGGGUACAUGCCCUGCAAAUAGGACCCCAGAAACACGCGAUACAGAGUUUACUUGGUGAAUGAGUCACAAACUCCCACAGAAGACAAAUGUAAAAGCCGGGGUGCUGGAAAGAAGGAAGCAGGGAGAGAAAGGGCUAGUUACUUCGUCAUCCGGUUUUAGUUAUUUUAACUGACCCUUAGCAAUCUUGUCAGCAAUAUAGGACUGUUUUUGAACAAUGCCAGUGUGUCAGACCCCCAAAUGUCACUUCUGCAUAAAGCAUGUAUGUCAUCUAUUUUUUUCUUCAAUAAAGAGAUUUAAUAGCCAUUUCAAGAAAUCCCAUUAAAGAACCUCUCUAUGUCCCUUUUUUUAAAAAAAAAUUUCCAAGAAAAUAUAACUCUUGUCUAAUACUCGUCUAUAAGGGAAUAAUCUUCAGACCCUUUAAAAAGUGAGUGCCAUAAAAAAAUAAGUCAUUAUAUUGUAUAAAAGAUAUUUUAGUCCAGGAAUGAUUUUUCUUCUCUUGGAAUGUGAAGAUCUGUCGAUUCAUCUCCAAUCACAUGCAUUGACAUACACAGUGAAGAAGAGACACUUGCUCUGUCAUGUGCAGGACAUUUCUUAUCCACUUCUGUUUUCUUUCACCUGCAUAGCUGCUAUGCACGUCUCAUUGUGAAAGGCUGCCGCUGGGUGGCAGAAGCCAGGAGACCUUAUUAACUAGGCUAUAUUUUUCUUAACUUGAUCUGAAAUCCACAAUUAGACCACAGUGCACCUUUGGUUGCAUCCAUAUAGGAUGCUAUCCUGCCUUGUACUAACUAAUGUUUUAUAUGCUAAAAACAAACAAAAAAAGAAUCUAUCAACCAUUUCAUAUAUAUCCCACUACUCAAGGUGUCCGUGGAACAUGAAACAACAUUUAUGCAGAGGAAAAACAGAAAACCAUCCGUGAAAAUACACUCACACACACACACACAGGGAAAAAAAGAAGUCAUUUUCCUCAUCAUAAACUUGAUGCCAUCCUUCAACCCAUCCUUAUAACUUGAUGUGUAUGAAAUAUGCAAACAUGUCACAAAUGUUCUUUGUCACUUGAAAACACUUUUGUUCAUUGAUAUCAGUAGAAUCAUAUCAGUGGGUGGGAAAGGGUCAUUCUACGAAAAUAUGAAGAAAUAGCCAUAUUAAUUUUUUUUACCUGCAAUUUGCCUCAGCAACAAAGAAAAAGUGAAUUUCUGAUGCUGAAGAUAAAGCGAGCGAAAGUACCAGCAGAAGCCUUGGCUAUUUAUAGCAGUUCUGACAAUAGUUUUAUAAGAGCAUGAAAAGAACAGAAUCACUUAAAAAUGGAUACCAGUCAUCUCUUGUUCCCACUGCCGAAGUCAUACAUAGUGGUGGCAAGAUAGCAGAGUGAUAAUGGGAGCAUUUUUUAAAGAUGAUUUAAUGAGAAGAAGCACAAUUUUGAUUGUGAAGAGUCACUUUCUGUAAACAAUUGCUGUCUUUCUUUACCCUUAUACCUUAUCUGCAACUUAUCACUAAUUGUAUUUGGAAAGCUAACAUGGUUUUUAUCACAACAGAUCCUUUGUAUUCAGCCGUUUAGGGCAGAGCCCUGUGGGAGUGCUAUUUUGCAUAACCCAAGUCCUAGAGUAAUGUUUUAGGCAUAGGCAACAUUCUUCAUUGCAAGUGAGAGAACCCGAAGUGGCACUUUACACAGCUACAAGCGUUGUUACAUCUAAUCCUAUUGCAAAAGAUUUUGGGGAGACAUGAAGCUUCAAUACCACUCACAGUGAUGCAGCUAGCUGGCUGCACAGCCUGUAUAUUGUAUGCAUUGGUGCAUGGACGCUGUUGAUUUCAACCUUUUUAAAAAUUGUGUUUUUUAGUAAAAUGACUUAUUUUUUCCCAAAGAUGGAAUUUAGCAUUUUGUAAUGAUGAAUAUGAAAAUACCUGUCAUCCUCACAUCACUGAAAGGUUAACUAAAGUGAAAAUUCAACAACAACAAUAACAAAAAUCCAACACACUUUUUAAAAGAAUGUUUGCCCUCUCACACUUCUACGGAUUUGUUUCUCUUGCACACCCAUUUUAAACUUAGAGAUAGAUUUUUUUUUUUUUUUGCCCCCUUGAUGCUUGUGUUUGCUUUUCCAGACAGUAAAUGCUUUGUAUUUCCUUGUUUUUAAAAAAAAAUCUUUUUUUUUUAGAAGCAGCAGCAGUCACUGGGACCCUCAGUAGAGGCUGUUGCCUAAGCAGGGCGCAUCUCAGCCGCCCCCGCCCGUGCCAUCUGCUGUGCUGUUGUCACUUGUGUGGCACUAAUUUCCUGCCACUACAGGUCUUUUCAAGAUUGCUGGAAUACUGGUGUCUGUUAGAAUGCUUCAGACUAUAGAUGUAAUUAAGGCUUUUCUUCAUAUGUUUUAACCAAAGAUGUGCAGCAAUCCAAGCCACAUAUCUUCUGCAUCCAAUUUGUCCAUUUCGGUGAUUCGCAUAAUCGGGUAUUGCAUUUUUGCCUUCCCUGUUCAUACCUCAGAUUGAGUCAUACCUCAGUGUCAUUCCGAGCGGUCAGCUGAGUGGCGGGUUCAGUUGGGGCUGAAUGCAGUGCCAGGGGAAUCUUGGAGCCAAGUGGAGGUGGGUCACUGUAGGCAGAGGCCUUGGAUUGCUUCGAUCGUUUGCUGUAUCAUUUUUCUUCUUUUUCUUUUCCUGGGGACUUGUUUCCAUUCAAUGACAGUAAUUAAAAUAGCUUGUAAAUGAGGGCAUACAAGCAUUUGCAACAAAUAUUCGAAUAAAGGCUCACAGCGGCAUAAGCUGGACUUUGUCGCCACUGGAGGACAAGAUGUUAUAACUAAGUUAAACCACAUCUGUAUAUCUCAAGGGACUUCAUUCAGCUGUCUGUAGUGAAUAAAAGUGGGAAAUUUUCAAAAGUUUCUCCUGCUGGAAAUAAGGUAUAAUUUGUAUUUUGCAGACGAUUCAGUAAAGUUACUGGCUUUCUUAGUGA